ACAUUGAUGCAUCAAAGCAGUUUGUUUACAGAAACGCGAAAAUCUAAAUUUAGUUAUCUGCUUCUUUAUCGCUCGAAUAUGCAAGAGGUUAACGAUAACAAAAUUUCGAUUUUUCUUGUUUUGCGGUAAACCCUCAUAUUGUGAUGGAUUGUGGCAGUGGCGCCCCCUACGCAGAGUUUCGCGUAAUAUUCCCUAUUACAAUGAAUUUUAUAAAUUUGCUCCCUUGACUUCGAGCGAAGUUGAACGUUCAUUUAGUGUACAUAAAUGGCUUUAUAGUGAUAAACGAAACUGUUUACUCCCAGAUAAUGUUGAGAAAUCAAUGAUUAUCUGCUCCUAUCACUAUCACAAACCAAAUAAAAUGUCAUGUGUGUGUACUGACGUGGAUUUUGAAGAAGUUGCAUCUGUUUCUAUAUAAUUUUAUACAAACCUCACCUUUUUUUUAAAUUGUUUAUUUAUUUAUUUCAUGGACCGUUUUUUCUUCUAUUACACAACUAUCGAUAUCGAUAAAAAUGUUUCUAACACUAGCUAGAUUGCGAAAGUCUUUGGUUUUGCCGUUAAAAUUCCGGGCUCUGGUUAUCACACCGUUGCCGCAUCGCCCGCUUCGGUGUGAUAUAUGUAUGUAUAAUAAGUAGUUAAGCUGACUGAAAAAGUACAAAAACAACAUGUAUUUAAUAUGUUGUAACAAAACAAUGCCGUCCUCAAAACGUCGGAUGUCGAUUUAAAACUUAAUAAUACGCGAAUAAGCCCCGUUUUCGUAAUUAAUAAUCGAGCGCAUACCUAAAUUUACACGCGCCAUAUUUAAUUCAAGUAGAGUUUAUUUAUCACAAUUAAAUAUAUUUAUUGCCAAUCAAGGCCUUGACAAUGAUAGGUAUUACCUAAUCAAUUGCACGCAUUUCACAUCCGUUAGUUGAUAAGUCUAUCGCAAGCUACACGGAUCUCAAAAAUAAUUAAAAAUGGAAUUUAAAGACAAAGUAGUGAUUGUAACCGGCGGCAGCUGCGGCAUCGGAGCCGAAACAGCCAUACAGUUCGCCAAACAGUCAGCCAAAGUGGUCAUAGUUGGGAGAAACGAGGAGAAACUGAGGGAAGUCGCCAAGCAAUGUGAAACUCACAGCAAAGCGCUCGCAGUUAACGCCGAUCUCACCAACGACUCUGAGGUAAAACGCGUCGUAGAGGAGACGAUUAAACGCUUCGGGCAGAUCGACGUACUCAUCAACAAUGCUGGAAUAGUAAAGAAUACGAAAGUCGAAGAAGGGAUAUCAGAUUACGACAAGAUAUUUAACACGAAUCUACGAAGCGUGUAUCUUUUGACCAGUCUUGCGGUUCCUCAUCUGAUUAAAACUAAGGGCAACAUUAUUAAUAUCUCGAGCGCAGCGGGGCAGAAAAUAUUUCGUACAUUGACUGUGUAUAGCAUGUCCAAGGCUGCCCUGGACAUGUUCACUAAAGGUUUGGCUGUGGAACUUGCUCCAAGCGUGCGAGCGAACUCUAUUAACCCUGGACCUGUAAAGACUGAUAUCUGGGUCCAUGCGGGCCUUAAAGGAGGUGAAACAGUGAUGGAUACUUACGGAGCCGCUACGCUUUUGGGCAAAUGUAGUGUGUGUAAAGAGAUAGCUGAUAUGGCUUUAUAUCUGGCUAGUGAUAAGGCCAACAGUAUUACGGGAAGCACUUUUGUUAUUGAUAACGGUAUAAUGUUAAAGUGAACUUAAUUGUAACGUAUUUUGUGAAACACAGAUUGAAAUAAAGUUGGUUCGAGUUUUCAA